ACGACUUUCAAAUGACAUAUUCAUCAAAAUAAAAUUUUAUUUGAAAUCAUUGUUCUGACUUUUGUAUAGUUUUGUAUAGGUAGAAUUAGAAAAGAGUGCGCAAUUUCGUAGAGAAAUGAGGACCCGAAGCAAUUCGGGGGUCCGAUUAGAUUAUUAUCAAAGAGUUGUUCAUAAACUAAUUUUAGACCACCAGCAACCCGUUACGGGUUUGUUUCCAGCCAGCUCUAAUAAUGAUCAUGCCUGGAUUAGAGACAACUUAUACUGCAUACUGGCAGUAUGGGGCCUCUCUAUGGCAUUUAAGAAAAUCGCCGAUCAGGAUGAAGAUAGAGCUAAAACCUAUGAGUUGGAACAGAGUUGUGUGAAAUUGAUGAGGGGAUUAUUAAAUGCUAUGAUGCAGCAAAAAGAUAAAGUGGAGAAAUUUAAGAGCACACAACAUCCACUGGAUUCUUUGCAUGCUAAGUACUCAUCUAUCACUGGCUGCACAGUUGUUAAGGACAAUGAAUGGGGCCAUCUACAAAUAGAUGCUAUCUCACUCUAUCUUCUGAUACUUGCUCAGAUGACUGCCUCUGGUCUGCAAAUAGUAUUCUCCCUGGAUGAGGUGGCAUUGAUUCAAAACUUAGUAUUCUAUAUAGAGUCUGCUUACUGCACUCCUGAUUAUGGUAUAUGGGAAAGAGGAGACAAAACAAACCAUGGCUUACCUGAACUAAAUGCUAGUUCCAUUGGCAUGGCUAAGGCAGCCCUCGAAGCAAUGAAUGAGCUCGAUCUAUUUGGUGCUAGAGGAGGGCCAUCUAGUGUUAUUCAUGUAUUGGCAGAUGAAGCACAGAAAUGCCAGGCUGUGUUACAAUCAAUGCUACCUAGAGAGUCUAACAGUAAAGAAUUGGAUUCUGGUCUACUCUCAAUAAUAAGUUACCCAGCAUUUGCAGUUGAUGACCCUCAACUUAUUAACAAAACGAGGGAGACAAUUGUGUCAAAACUGCAAGGGAAGUACGGCUGUAAACGUUUCUUAAGAGACGGUCACAAGACACCACGAGAAGACCCCAACAGACUGUAUUAUGAACCUUGGGAAUUGAGAAUGUUUGAGAAUAUUGAAUGCGAGUGGCCACUGUUCUUCUGCUACUUGAUCUUGGAUUACUGGUUCCAGAAUGAUAAAACCAAUGCAACAGAAUAUUUGCAGAAGCUUGAGAAGAUCAUGAUAAGGAAAGAGGAUGAUGGAAUCAAACUGGUACCGGAGUUGUAUGCUGUUCCCAUUGAUAAAGCCAAUCAAGAGCAGCAGGAACCCGGCAGCCAGGAUAGAAUACCUUUGGGAAGAUGUCCGUUCCUCUGGGGUCAGUCACUUUACAUACUUGGAAAGUUAUUGCAAGAGGGAUUUUUGGCAGUUGGAGAAUUAGAUCCACUGAACAGGAGAUUGUGUUCUGAGAAGAAGCCUGAUGUCGUUGUCCAGAUUGUCAUACUGGCGGAGGACAAUGAGAUCAGGGACAAGCUUCUGGAGUAUGACCUUCAUGUUCAGACCAUCAGUGAGGUGGCGCCUAUUGAAGUACAGCCCGCCAGGGUGCUGAGCCAUUUAUAUACUUACUUAGGUAGAAAUAAGAAGCUGGGUCUGUCAGGUAGAAAAUCCCGCGAUGUGGGUAUACUGAGCACAAGCAAACUGUACUCUUUAAAUGAUCGGAUAUUUGCGUUCACACCACAGAACUUCGACUACGAGGAGUACUACAUGACUCGCGACCCGGCGUUGCUCGCCAGUACCUUCACCGCCAACGUGGCCUUCCUCGGCAUGAGCUGGACACAAAUGUUGGGUCGACCCACAGUCACCUUACUCGCCACCCAGUACCUGCUCGAUCAAGGCAAAAUCCCAAUGGCCAUGAUAACGACGAUGAAGAAACUCAAAUCCGGCUACAUCAACGGCACCAGGGUGAUGCUGGGGAACCUGGGCGACUUCCUGAACACGUCCGCCAUCACCAACCUGAGCUUCCUGGGCAGCCAGGAGGAAGGCUAUCCCGACAAACUGAACCCUCAAGUCCAGAGUUACCUGGAGGAGCAUCUGCUGCGGUCGCUGAGCUCGCGCUGGUCGUUCGCGAAGGGAACCCCCGGCGCCCGCCGGCCCGCGCUCCGGCGGCGGAUGUCCGUCAGGGGCGCCAUACGGAAGACACGCUCCAUCAACGUGGACUCUGAAACACUCGGCAUGGAAGGUGAACAUACGGGACCACACCUGGAGAGGAAGUCCUCGUGGCUGGAGAUAGAUCCCACUUUUGGAAAGAGCCCAUCUCCAGAGAAGAGGGCGUUCACGAAAGGUACAUCGACCACCAGCCUGGGAGUGGUGGGAGCCGGACCGGCCAUAGAGAUCACUAAAGAAGAUACACCUUCACCGCCCAAGGAAGAAGGUCCACCUGGUCCGAGCGUUCCCCGGAGCCGCACCUGGUCUGAUAACUCGUACUCGGAGCACGAGACGGCGGAGCUGCUGGCGGCGCUGAGGGACCUUGACAAUCUGGACGACCAGGGGGACAUCCUCCAGUACCUGGUCGACACGCACGGCCUGGACUACAACACCGGCAUCACAGAGAACGGUAAAGCGGUGACGGUGAGAGAUCUGCUCAAGGUGUUGUAUGAGAAGGCGUGCACUCAGAAGCUGUGGGGUCUGGUGAGACACACGGCCGGCAUGCUGGGGAAGAGGGUCGAGGACCUGGCCAAGGCCGUGACGGAUCUGCUGGUCCGCCAGAAGCAGAUCACGGUCGGCAUGCCGCCUAACAAUGAGCACACCGUGACGGCGCCCUUGCCGGAGAACGAGCUGAGACAUCUCAUACAUCUGUCGCUCCGGCGAGAGGGUCGCGGGAGUUGCAAGAAGGCGUACGGUGACGAUGAGAGUACGGCCAUGCUGACCCAGGAGCUGCUGGUGUACCUCGCCAUGUUCAUCCGGACCGAACCGCAGCUGUUCCUCGAGAUGCUGAGGCUGAGGGUCGGACUCAUUAUACAGGUGAUGGCGACCGAACUCUCUCGGACGUUGUCGUGCACCGGCGAGGAGGCGUCCGAGCACCUUCUCAACCUGUCUCCCUUCGAGAUGAAGAACCUUCUGCAUCACAUACUCAGCGGAAAGGAGUUCGCCAUCAAUAGCGCAAACUCACAAAUAAUUGUAUUAAAGGAAAAAUACGGUAAAACGAAAGCCGGGCGGGGGAACUUCUCCAUAGUGAGCAACAAAUCAAACCGCUACACCAAAAAGUCACAGAUCAUUCUGGAAGGACAAGGACUCCAAGGCACCAUCGACGAAGGUCCGUCGUGCGAACCGGACCGGCAGGGUCAGUGGUUGAGACGGCGUCGACUGGACGGAGCCCUCAACCGGGUUCCUAGGGACUUCUACCCUCGGGUGUGGGGCGUCCUAGAGAAGUGUCAAGGUCUGGCCAUACAGGGGAAGGUGCUGCAGCCGAACCUGACCCAGGAGAUGACUCCCGGAGAGUUGAAGUUCGCGCUCGCCGUGGAGACCGUCCUCAACUCGAUCCCGCAGCCAGAGUACCGGCAGCUGAUAGUGGAGGCGCUCAUGGUGGUGACCCUGGUGGUGGAGUACAAGGCGGUCGCCCACCUCGGCGGGCUCAUCACCGUGGAACACUUGGUGCAUAAAGCCAAUAAGAUAUUUUUGGAAGAUCAGAUUCGCGUGAACGGAGACGCGACCUUGUGUUGCGCGAAGGCGUCUGCGGGCGACAGCGGGGGCGGGGCUCUGUGCGGGGGCGCGGCCGGCGUGUGCCAGCACCUGUACGACAGCGCGCCCAGCGGCAGCUACGGCACCAUGACCUACCUGGCCCGAGCCGUCGCCUCGCUUCUCGGGGAGAGACUCCCGCACGACCAGCCCCUGGAGUGUACGGUCACAUAGCUUCUGCUCAUUACACGACCUCGAGGAGCGUGGCUUAUAGAGAUCGCCAGCACCUUGUAUAUCUGAAUGCGCCACCUGAUGUCCUAAAUACAAUCAUAUUUAGAGAAACAGUUGUUAGUCGUAAGUGUAUUGCAUUAUAAAUGUUCAGACAAUAUGUUGAGUGAUACUGUAUUGAAAAAUUUCUCGUCUCAAGGCGCCAUUUUGUUUUGUCAUAAUCGUUUUUAUAGAUCUGUGUUUCCCAGUUUAAAAAAUAUUUAUAUAAAUUGAUCCUAUGAUUAAUAUUAUUGUACCGGCUUUAAUUUAUAAUUUAACUAUACGUUGAAUACACAGGUUCCUGUGUAAGGUCCUUAGAGCAUAUUAUAGAAAUGAAAAGGAUUUUAUAAGAAUAAUUCGGUUCAUCAAAUGUUUAUUUUAAUAGAUUUAGUAUUGAUUGUUGAGUAUUAUUAUACAGAUAAAAAAUUG